AUGGUUCAUCUUGAAGACGGCAAAAAGUACGUCAUCGUCAACGCGGCGAACCACCAGCUCGCGUCCUAUGGUCGCGGCGACGAGCUUCCAGGAGGAUGGCUCGUCACUGAGCCUCGGAGCGACAGAUACGAGUCGGAGUUCGUAGCCAAGGCUGUUCCUGGUGACAAAUGGAAGUUCAUGCUCGUCGACAAGUCUGGCAUGUGUCUGGGCUUCCGCGGCUCUGUGCCUUAUGUUCUCUCCCUUGUGAUGGUGGAGGAAGGCAUCAAGCCCGUGUGUGUAGUCAAAGAUGAUGGAGGUGCCCACACGGAAUGGCAGGUCGAUCCUUCGAGCGGACCAAAUCACUACGAAAUUCACAUGUCUGACUCGGGUCAUGUGUGUUGGACAGUACCAGCAGGUGCCCCACAAGGAGCAGUGGUUGGGCUGCUAGAACAGGAUGGCUCGUUUGGACAGCAGUGGAUCUUUGGAAUCCCGGUUGACGAGUAG